AUGAGGCAUCAUAUUCUCUUCCUGACCCGAGAUGCUUCUGAUCACUGCCUUGCGUCAGAAUUCAUUUCGAAUUUCGCGAGGGAGCAUCGCUUGAUCGUCAAUCACAUGCGGAAGAAGGGCGUGAGCCAUCUGCGAGAGCUCAUCGAUUGUGAAGGGCGAUUACGAGUCGCAAUUAUCCCGGCAUGCCUCACGCUUCAUACAGCUUGCUUCAAUCUCUCAAAAUGCUGGUAUGAUACCAGCUUCGAGGAUGCCCCUCACGCUAUCGAAGCAAUAUGCGAGACUCUGCGGGAACACGGUGAAGGUGUCAACGAAAAUGUGUUGAUCAAGCAUUCUGAUGCCGCCGGUUCUGUCAUCGAUGUCCUCCUGGAUACCUUAGCAAUGCCAGAUUCGGCGAAAGUGCAUGUUGUGGUAGACGAAGAGCUCGUGCCUUACUGGCGCAUCAAUGAAACUUGUGAUUACCUCUCCGGCACUCUUUUGCGAGCUGCGGUCUGGGAGAAAGCUGCGUUCUAUCCUCUGCGUGGCGGGGGAGGAAGGUCCUCUCUUGAAGAUUGGCUGAAGUGUAUCGGAUCAUCUUUGGUCAUCACUCCGGAGGAUAGGGUUUUCUUCUCUUCUCGCCUAGGAGGAAAACCUCUACAUUUCGCUUUGGAGCUUUUGGAUCGAGAUCUAGUCAGCGCGGCUCACGAGAAGCCCCAUCCAGAGGAUUCAUGUGAAGGUGGCGCGGUGCGCUGGUGCAGCGAUAUCGAGGUCGUGCGAUCCGUCUCCAUGCAGUCGAUUCCUCUCCAUUAUUUUGCGCCUGGCGUAAACAUGUACACUACCGAUACCGACAUCUUUAGGAAAUAUCAGAUAAGCGCGAAUGAAUGUCUUCUCGUUCGAAUCAAUGGAAUCGAAGGCCAAGCAAAAGAGUUCGAGGAAACGGAACGCAGUUCGGAGAAAUUUUGGGAAUGUGUCAUGUCAGGGGCGUUGAAAUGUCCACCCGGAAACGUGGAAACAACGGUCUCGAUGCAUUUCGCGGUGUCAGCUCACGGAGAGGUAUUCCCGCUGGUGCGGAGCGUCAAUAUAGACUUCCUGUCUCGCUUCCAACCGUAUCACCCGGUCUGCCUGCCUCAAGCCAAGCAGCUGCCCUUCCUCGAUGAAUACGAAGAGACAUUCGUCAUCGAUCCUAUUUCCAAUCUGGCCGACCCGAGCGAGUGGCCUCAACGCAACCUCCUCACUUUUGAACCCCCGCCGACGAGUCAUGAAUCCAAUGGAUUCCUUUCAGUCCUAUCGCUGAGCGCACCAGCUAUCGUCGCACUAUUCAAUGUGGGCACCGGGGAAGCUGUGGACUCGACAGAAAAUGCAGAGCCAAUACCCAUGGGGAACUUUUCCUUCCGACCGACGCUUGGCAUCGAGGAAGCAAAGAGUUCGUGUUGGCCGGAGAUACUGAAGCACACUUGUCACGAUGUUUAUUAUAAUCGGUCAGUAGAAGACGAGGCCUGGGAGAGACACUGUCAGCGCUGGAGGGAUGCCGUUAUCAGACAUCCUUUCUCAAAUUGCUUGGGACCAUCGGCAACCACGACCUGUAUAGUUAGGCAGAAGUCUUCUAAUUUACGACAAUCGCCGAGGAAGACCCUAUUCGAAGCGAGUCCACAAUACCGGCGUCGGAGUCCACGAAAACAGAAGAGUCCGAAGAGGAACAGCUCACAGAUUCUGAGGAGGAAUCCCUUCCGUGAUAUCCUCCGGGAAGUUUCAAAUUCAUCUCCUCCCGCUGGACCGAGUUACUCUCAACCCGCCGAGCGAAACACGGCACCGGCCACAGAUGCGCGGUCGAGAAGAUUGCGAGCGAAGCCUUUCUCUCAGUCGGAUCAAUCGGAAGAUCGACAGAACGCACCGAAGAGAAUGCGAACCGAUGCCGUCGAUAACGAUAAACUUAAGCGGAAACUCCGGGAAGCUGUAGCCAGAGCUCUGGAAGAACUCGGUAUCGAUUUGAAGCACAAGUUGUUCACCACCUGUGGGAAAAAAUUGUUCUCGAUCUGUCGAACCUUCGCAGUGGAUCUCAUCGGAACUGGCCGCACAAGUGAAAUACUCCUCAAAAUCGCGAGGAGUCAUGCGAAACAAGUUGUAGAUUUUGAAAAGUCCAUGAGAAGUAACGUUUAAAUGAAAGCGUUGUACAAAA